AUGACUGUCUCUCUCUCGCUCACUUUUUCUCUCUCUCUUUCUCUCUUUCUCUCUCUCCCUUUCUCUCUCUCUGUCUGUCUGUCUCUCUUUCACUCUCUCCUUCUCUCUUUCUCUUUCUCUCUCUCUCUCUCUUUCUCUCUCUCCCUUUCUCUCUCUCUCUGUCUGUCUCUCUUUCUCUCUCUCCUUCUCUCUUUCUCUCUCUCUUUCUCUCUCUCUCUUUCUCUCUCUCCCUUUCUCUCUCUCUGUCUGUCUCUCUUUCUCUCUCCUUCUCUCUUUCUCUCUCUCUUUCUCUCUCUCCCUUUCUCUCUCUCUGUCUGUCUCUCUUUCUCUCUCUCCUUCUCUCUUUCUCUCUCUCUCUUUCUCUCUCUCCCUUUCUCUCUCUCUGUCUCUCUUUCUCUCUCUCCUUCUCUCUUUCUCUCUGUCUGUCUCUCUCUCUCUAUUGCCCACAGACACAAUUUCUUUUUUCUUUCUUUCUUCUUUCUUUCUUUCUAUCUAUUUCUCUUUCCAUUACUUUCUUUCCGUUCUUCUUUCUUUCUUUCUAUUUCUCGGCUUCUUUCUUUCUUUCUUUCUUUCUUUCUUUCUUUCUUUCUUUCUUUCUUUCUGUCUGUCUCUCUCUCUCUCUCUCUCUCUGACAUUAAGCGCCUGUUAGCGUUAUCGCGUCUUCUACCUUCCCUUUCUUUCUUUCUUUCUUUCUUUCUUUCUUUCUUUCUUUCUUUCUUUCUAUCCCUCCCGUUCCUUUCUCUAUUUUCCGUACUUUUUUCAUUCCCUCUUUUCUUUUUCUUCCUUAUUGACAUUUCACUGAAGCAUUAUAUUAAGCGCCUGAUAGCGUUAUCGCUCCCACUUCCACCAUCUGCCUUUUCUUUCUUACUUUUUUCUUUCUUUAUUUCUUAUCAAAAUAUAAUAAGAUUGGAACCGACACUUUCUUUCUUUCUUUCUUUCUUUCUUUCUUUCUUUCUUUCUUUCUUUCUUUCUUUCUUUCUGCAACUCCCUUUCCUAAUAUUUCAAAAUGAAGAGGUUCCUUCCUCAGUUUCGGACAAAAUCAUUCUCAUUGUUCACCUUCCCAAAUGUAAAACUUUUUCAAUUCGUUGUUCGUUUUUUUUUAUUUGUUCUUCUUCAUUUUCUUGUUCUCUUUCUUUAUUUUUCUUCUGUUUCUCUUCUUUAUUCUCCUUUAUUCUUUCUCCUUUAUUCUUUUUCUAUUUCUUUAUUUCUUUUCUUGUUCUUUCUAUUGUUCUUUCUUUCCUUCUUUUCUUCUUCUUCUUCUUCUUCUUCUUCUUCUUCUCUUUCUCAUCUUUUUUCUUCACUUUAUUUGUUCUUUCCUUUUUCUUUCUAUUUUUCUUUUCUUUUUUCUUUCUUCUUCUCUUUCUCAUGUUUGUUCUUCACUUUAUUUGUUCUUUUAUUGUUUUCUCUAUUUUCACUCUUUCUUUCUUUCUUUCUUUCUUUCUCUCUCCUUUUUCUUCUUCUUCGUCUUCUUCUUCUCUUUCUUAUGUUUGUUCUUCAUUUUCUUUGUUCGUUCUAUUUUUCUUUCUUUCUUUCUUUCUUUCUUCUUCUUCUUCUUCUCUUUCUCAUGUUUGUUCUUCACUUUAUUUGUUCUUUUAUUGUUCUCUCUAUUUUCACUCUUUCUUUCUUUCUUUCUUUCUUUCUUUCUUUCUUUCUUUCUUUCUUUCUUCUUCUUCUUCUCUUUCUCAUGUUUGUUCUUCAUUUUCUUUGUUCGUUUUUUGUUCUUUCUAUCUUUCUUUCUAUCUUUCUUUCUGCUUUUUCUCGUCAUCGAUUUUCACUUUCUUUGUUCUUUUCUUGUUUUUUCUCUUUCUUUUAUACACCAUCGCUACCUCUUUACAUUUUUCAAGUUUUGUAUUCAGCUAUUCUGCCGUACCUUAUCUCAUCGACCAGAAUCGAAAUCAUUAG